UGGCUGCUUUAGAAGGGACUAGUGUGCUCAAAGCCUUUGAGAGGGAGGAGAGAGUGAGCGAGAGAGAAAGACAUUUAGAUCAGCUUCUGAGCUGGUCUAAAUUUCUCCCAAGUUUGAGUUGUGCCUGGUCGUCUGGAACUGACCUAUGUGCAAUGGCCUACACGUUUAUACCCAGCGUGCCUAAGGACAGGAAGCAAGUGAUCUUCAUCUCAGUAGUGCUGGUGCUCCUGGCCACUAUCAUUAUUGGAGCAAUUCUCAUUGGAGUUUACAUGACACAACAACACACCGAAAGGAUAAUUAAAACCACUAGUAAGAGAAGUGAUGGUGAAGUGGUGGAGCAAACUGUGAUGGUGAACAACCAGGAAAGUGUUGCUGCAUUUCAUAUCCAGAGCAAUACAACCUUGGCCACAGUUGUCUAUGACUAUAAACAUCGUCUGAUUGGCUUCCGAAUUCAGGACAGAAAGCAAUGUUCAGUGGUGGCGAUGGAUUCAGUUGAUGUGCCCAGCCUACAUGAAAUCACCCUAGGAAUCGAGCACAUUGAUGAACAGAUCUCAAGAGAUGACCACUUGUCCUACAGCUUCAAGCAAGGAGAACUAGCUGAUCGCACAGUUCUAGGAAUCACAAUGAAUAUCCUCUGCAGUGAUGUCCCUCUUUACUGGGCUGAGAACAAGCGCAAAGCACAACGAGGAGGAUUGCACUGUGCAGGGAUUCUGAUUAUUAAACUCUGCUUAAUACUGCAGCUCUGAUACUGUGCUCCUAUGAAAAUAUCUGUAUUGGCUCGAGGAGGGCUCUUUCUAUCAGACAUUCAGCUUGCCAGUUUUUCUGCAGAAUUUUGUUACCUUCAGCAUACUACAACAGAGGAGUUGUGAUGAGGACAGUAGUGUGUGACAGAAGAGUAAAAACAGUUGCUUCUCCCUACAGCCAUUUGGCACCACAGACCCAUUGGUGGAAGUGGAAUUAAAAUGAAAGUUCCACACAGUACUUCAGUAUAGCACUAUAUUACCCAUUAAUGCCCUUCUCUGUGGCCAAUAUAAUUCUUGUAUGUGCUCACAAUUAAGUCCCAUUCAGCAAAGGUCCUUUCUAAUGUUGAUUUUAAAAAUCCUGUU